AUGACAUUUGUUUCUAUAGGACUUCCUAGUCAUAUUAGAUCUUCAUUGGAGGUGAAUUUGUUGGCCACCUUGGAACAUCCACACUUGUUGGAGGUGCAUGACACUAGAUUAUCUGGAGGGCCACAAUUUCAAGCUAUACAUCUUUCAUGGUACAACAGACAUUGCACUAAGGCAAAUGUUCAACCUUGGCUGUUGGAGAAGGCUGGCAUGCACACCAACCAUGGACAGGUAAUACCAUACAUAUCAUUAGAUCUGCAGCAACAUCAGAGGAUUUAUGUGCCUGUAUUCUCAUUGAUGAAGAUAUUGCCAAGAUGGAUAUCACAAUGUAAUAUAUGA